UGCAGAUGGAUAACUGGACAUCUAAUACCCAUGUUCAGAAGACAUGAAUUCCAGAAAAUUACUCUCAGAAACACGGAGAACAUUUCCUGCUACUAAAGUACACUGCCAGCAGCCAUCGCGGAUUCUCAUUGUGGAUGUCACAUCACCUUCCUGGACCAACACUUGUUCUGUACUCUCUGAAGCUCUGGAAAACACACUCUGUUUGGCGUGCAGUUUGACAGGCCCCUGCCGUGUUCCCCUGCUGAGCCUCUACGUGGUGCAGAACCAGCAGGAGUGUCUGCUUCCCUUUACGCAAGUGAAGGAAAACUUUGCACGAAUUCAAGCCUGCAUUUCGGAGCUCCGUUCGCUACCCAGAGAAGGCUGUUUCCCACAGGGGGGAAAUGGAGUGGUACAAGCUGUGCAGGAUGGAUUGCAACAGUUCAAACAAUACAGCAGACAUGCAGCAGCAGGAGGCUCAGCAAAUAGCUCUGUUGAGAUCACAAUUUUGACUAGCCAGUCUGGCAAAGAAAUGGUAAAGCAGCUGGAAAAGAAGUUAAAAGAUGUAGACCUUGUGUGUCUGCGAAGAAUACAAGCCAUUGAGGUUUUGAAGAGAGACUUUCUGGAGCCUGAGGAUGUGGAACAGUGCAUGCCAGCAGAAGAGCCCAGCAGCAGUGACAUUGCAAUCCUGGGAAUGGACAUCGAUGUGCAAACCAUAGAGGACAAUGUCAUCAGCUUGGAGAUGCUGUUUAAAACAUGGCUACAUGACUACGGCACAGAGAGAGAACACCUCCAGCUCCUCCUUCCAUCAGGAGGCUUCAGCCAUGCCACUGCACCCAAGACCACCCUAAUGUGCCUGAAGUGCGAUUUGCAGGAGAGAUUGCUCGACCCAGCUCUACUUUCUGGGAUGGCUGAUGGCACCAUGAGAGCAGCAGAUUUUAAUUCACCCUGCCAGAUGGCAGCCUGGCCAGCUACAGUGCUGUAUAAACUCCGGGUUGUAAAGGCUCUGAAGUCUGAAGGGGUCUGUGAGUCUGUACUGUAUGGCCUGCCCUUCAUCAUCAAGCCCACAAGCUGCUGGCAGCUAGACUGGGAUGAACUGGAAACAAACCAGCACAGCUUCCAUGCUCUAUGUCAUAGUCUUCUGAAAAGGAAGUGGAUGCUUUUGGCCAAACGUGAGCCACAGAACACUAGUCCAAACUGGAACAUCGUGGUGCAUUCCUACUACAUCAUUGUCCCUUCUGACUCUGCCACUCUACUUGUCAAAGCAGUCGCCAUGAGAGAGCUCUUGCUGCCAUCAACCUUCCCAGCCCUCCUUGCUGAACAUCCUGAGAGAGUGCAUGGCCUUAUAGAGGUAAGUCAUUGACAGCCCUGCACAAAUAUCUGUGGAAAGGAUCCCAGUUGUACAAGCAGGGAUCAGAGUAAUGACCAGCCUUUAUGCACAGGACAUGCAGUUGCUGCUGAAGAUGUAUCUAUCUCCCUCAUUAGAGAGGUGCUUUAGGCAUAAGAUAAACCAAUAUACAAAGUACCUCUGUUUCUUCCAAUAGAUUCAGGCUUCUGCAUUUCCUAUUGUGCACCCAUAUGUUCUUCUCCUGAGUUGUUUGCCUCUGCUUCAGGUGAUGCCAGGAAGGGCAGAGCCCUCACUAUAGGUCUUAGCAGAUGAGUAGAGGAGG